AUGGAGGGGGGCGGAAUUAGCAGUUACCGCAACGUCCACUUGGAAAAAAAGCAAGCUUGUGCUGAGGGAACGCUGAGGAGCACAAACGAUAUACAAAGUCGGCACGGUGAUCUCUGGCAGGAACUUGGUUUUAUCCGCGCCGACGGUUCCUUCCUUAUUGGGUUUAGCGCGACUCCCCGGAUUCAAGCCGGCAAUUUGCUCAUCAGAUCGACCGAACCGCGCGAGCUUUCUGUGCAGGCAACCCGGCUAAUUUACUUGCAGAGGGCUCUGUUCUGUCACAUUGAAGAGCUAUGCUGCAAGUAG